GUAGCGAAGUUGGCGAGCCUUUGUUUGAGUACCAGACUCUCUCAGGGUCUAAGAAGGAUUUUCAACAUGGCGGACUAAUCCGAACAACAGCGUUAAUUUACUCGUUUACUAAAAGCAACGAAUUUGUAUCUCAGUGGACACAAAGAGACUGCUGAUCUUAGCUCAUUUUCUGAGGUACACCUUGAUAUUUGCUAUCAAUUAUGGGCAAGAAGGGGAAAAGGAAAAUGCAGCAAUCUGCAAAUCAAUUGCCUGAUGUAGUUGUGGACAAGGAGGUGUUAACUAUAUGUCAAAGAAUAUUUGAACUUAUAUCUCUAGAAACCCCUGUAUUGCCAGUCAAGCAGUGGGAGGAACAUGUAAAGCUCCGUGAAAUGGUGGAAACAAUAAGAAAGAGACAAGCUGGGCAGUCACUCUUUGAAAAUUCAGAUCAAUGCAGAAGAGAUCACAUAUCAAGUUUUACCCAGUGGUUCAAUGACAAUGGUGGGGUAGCAGAGUCAGUGGUAAUCGAUGACUUUGGCCAUCAAGGGUUAGGGCUUAAAGCUAUCAGUGAAAUUAAGGAAGGACAACAUUUUAUCACCAUACCAAGAAAACUGAUGAUGUCAGCAGAGACUGCAAGAAAUUCAGACCUAGGACCAUUGAUUGACAAGGACAACAUUCUGAAAGUAAUGCAAAAUGCCUGCUUAGUACUUCAUGUAUACUGUGAAAAACUGAAGGAGAACUCCUUCUGGAAACCAUAUCUUGAUAUUCUUCCAGCUUCGUAUUCAACAACUUUAUACUUUAGUCUUGAUGAGAUGCAGGCAUUGAAAGGUUCUCCAGCAUUUGGUGAAUCUCUCAAGCUGUACAGAAAUAUUGCGCGACAGUAUUCUUAUCUCUACCAACGUCUUCAUCAGGUUUGUCCAGAAACGGCUAAGCUUCCACUUAGAAGACAUUUUACUUUUGAUGAUCACAGAUGGGCAGUGUCAACUGUCACUACUCGACAAAACAAGAUCCCAAGCACCACAGGUGAACCAACUCUUGCGCUUAUUCCUAUGUGGGACAUGUGUAACCACUGUAAUGGCACGAUAACGACUGGCUAUGAUUUAGCUGAAGAUAGCUGCAAAAGUAUGUCUGUGAGGGACUUUCAUGUAGGUGAACAAGUGUGCAUUUUUUAUGGAGAGCGUUCCAAUGCGGAUCUGUUGGUACAUAAUGGGUUUGUGUUUGAGGAAAACGCCCACGAUAAGGUUUCCAUCCAGCUGGGCGUCAGCAAGAGUGAUCCCUUAUUCCAGAUGAAGGAAAGACUACUGGCUUCUAUGGGAAUGACUGCGUCAAGUCAUUCGUUUCCAGUGGGUUAUGGAGAAAGACCAUUCGACUCUGAAUUGGUCACCUUUUUGAGAAUCUUUUCUAUGACUGAAGAUGAGUUAAAAGAGUGGCUCAUGAAAGCGAAUGAAGACACAAGUGAGUUGAAGAAACUUUCAGAAAAGGAAAUAUUUGUCAAGGAGGAGACUGAAAACAAGGGUUGGCAGUUCCUGGAGACACGACUGUCCUUACUUCUUAAACAGUACAAAAAUACGGACUCGGAGGACUCUGAGUUGCUUGAGAAUCCUGAAUUCUCACACCACAAAAAACUGUGCAUCCGGUUGAAACGAGCCGAAAAGAAAGUGCUGCAAAUUGCACUGAAGCAUGCUACCGCCAUAAGGAGCAAAAUUAAAGAUUCGUCUCAAAAGCGUGUUUCGGAUUGUGAUCAGGACACAAGUCGUCAUAAUGCUGAGAGUUCCACAGAGGAAAACACAAGCAACAUGAUGGAUGCAACAACGUCUGCUGUGGAUCAACUUUGUGUGAAGUGACAGUUAAAAAGUCUCAGUGAGAAUGGCAAUGUCUUCCGUGACAUUUCAUCUUCUAUAUUUCAUCCAUAAUCAUAUCCUCCAUACUAAUUGAAGAGACUAAUGUUGGAAGAGUGUAUCGCCUGCCCUUUGUCGAGGGCAACUUAUUGAGUUACUUUUAACUAAAAGGAAGGUACGGUCUAGAAAAAAGUGUAGCUGAAUCGAAAGUUCUUGACUUUCGUUUUCUUAACUGGCUAUUCAUUUGAGCUAAAGAUAUUUUUAUUGAUAACAAUCACGUUUCAAAAAUAGGCAUUUUCAUGGAGGCUUAGGUUCACACGAAGUCGAAAAUUUGCUUUACGGACAAGAUAUUUUUUCUAGAAAUAACGAUAUUUCAUGGCUAAGGAAAGGGUUCGAUCAGCGUUUUACCACACAGUGGAUCGAAAAUGACUAGUCCCUUCCGGGGUAAGCGAAAGAUGACACACACAACUGAAUUUUUAAUGCCUUUAUUGGUUAUACAAAGGAACAACUUUGAAAACAACGAAACUUGUUAGUAGGAUAAGUAGGUUAUAAGUAUAUCGGCAGUGCAACACGUGCUUUGAAAGUACGUCAAACAAGGUGUGAUAAUGUUCGACCAUGAAUUUUAAAAUACAUGUCUUUGGUUAAUCUUGCUAACUGCCAUAAGUAAAGAAAAAAAAACAAAAGAAUGUUAGUUGGUUAAAUAGA